AGUACACAAAUCCCGACCUACAACACGCAGGAGGAGUUGGAAUUAACUUUGAGCGAUUUUCUGCUCAUUCGUUUAUUUAUUGCCUAGUAACCCUGACUUUCGAAUAACCUUCAGUGUAUUUUUCCACCCCCGUUUCUUGAUCACACGUCCGAUGGUGGUGUAGGUUUGUAUCCGCCAGUGUUAGCAUUAGCUGCGCAGCACAAUGUCAGCAGCUCCAGAGCAGGGAGGAGGAGGAGCAGACGCCCCCCUGUCCAAACCCCAGGAGCUGCUGAAGACCUGCUGGAGCUGCCGGGUGAUCUCCGGCGGGGGGCUCGUCCUGGCCGGAGCUUAUGUCUACAGUGCAGCGACGAAAGUCAUGCGGAGGGGAGGACCCGCCUCCAUGGGGCUCGUGGCACAGAUCACAUUUGCUGCAAGCCUGGCUGCGUGGGGGAUUGUAAUCCUCACAGACCCGGUGGGGAAGUCACACAGGGUGGGAGAAGAGCCUCCAUCAACUGGACGAUGAGAGGAAAUCAGCUCCAAUACAGACUGAAACUGUGUGUGUGUUGCUUCUCAGAGUCAUCACAAAUCUCCUGCUGGAUCCCUGCCUCAUUAAAUCGUGUAUGCAGAUGACUGCCUCUAUUAAAAUGUACAGAAAUCAUGUGUACUGCAUAACACUGAACUGAACUGACGGUGUGUAAAAUGUUCCAGUGCAUGAUCAGUGAAACCUUAAAAUUACUUCUUGAAAUGGGACUGCUUUUUUCUUUUCUCUCUGAUUUUUUUUAAAUUCCCUGUGUGUAAUUUGCAUGUUCUCCCACAGUCCAAAAACA